GAGACCAUUUUUUGAUUAAAAAAAAAGAGCGAAUGAAAAAAGCGAACAAAAUUAUUGACCACACGUUUUUUUGUUUUGGCUUCCCAAAAUCAAACAGAUAAACAGAAAAACUGAAGGACAGAUAAAGCAACAAUGGCAAUGUUGGCUACUUUGGGAAGUACUUCAGUUCUCAGGUUUCACAAACCAGAGCCUUCAAAGACAAGGCUAUCUUUACAACUACUGGGUUCUUUCACUUCUCGACUCAGUGGCAUCAAUAUCUCCUACAACCUCCCUUACGUGGCACCUGUAAAACCCAUAUCCUCACCUUUCACCCCUGCUCCGCGGCCUGUUGCUCGCAGAGUAUGCCCUUUCACCAGGAGGAAAGCAAAGAAAGCGAACAAAGUUUCUUUCUCGAACCACAAGACGAAGAAAUUGCUGUUUGUCAACCUCCAAUACAAGAAGGUUUGGUGGGAAGCUGAUAAGCGCUAUGUAAAAUUGCGUUUGUAACCAAGGCAUUGAAGACCAUAGAGAAGAAUGGACUGGAUGCUGUUGCUAAGAAGGCUGGAAUAGAUCUUCCCAAGGAAUG